AUGGCUGAUUGUUUGUGCAAAGAUUGUCAGUGCGGGAUCUGUGAAGAAUGUUCUGCUAAACAUCAAGGGAAGGAACUUUCUCAACAUAAAUCGACGGCCAGUAAACAAAGGUUAGAUUCAUAUGAAGAUCCAUCUUGUAAAAAGCGCAAGAAUGAUACUUCUACUGCGAUCGAUGAUGUUGCAUCCGAAACAGUCAAAGAUGUGAGUAUUGCAUCAGAAUUAGCAGAAUACGAUAAAACUAAAUCAUAUUAAUUUGCUGCUUCAAACACUUAUACACGGCCAGCUUGCAAUGGUCGUGCUUGUGCUAAUUGCGGCAAAUGUCGUGACUGGUACUAUACGGGUGACCAAGAAAUAUGGAAAUGGAUAACAAAUGUGAAGAGUUGGAAUGAAAAUGAACGGAAGCGAUGGGACGAUGGCAAAUAUCCGGAGUGUUUUACGAAGCGUGAAGGUUCCACAUGUCGUGGCCGGUUUGAUUAUUAUUAUGAUCGUCAACAUGUUUAUCACGGUGGUCAUAUUGAUUUUGGUUACACUUAUUCCUGUAGAGAUUGUGGUGCUCCUGCUUUAUAUCGUGAUGGUGAUUGUUGUGGUAGUGGUACUCGUGCUUUAUAUAUUAGUGAUGCUUUUUCUUAUUGUCAAUGUUUAAACAAUAUUAAAAAAAAAUAA